CUUGUCUCAAGUUUAUUUGUAAAACCAGCAUAGGACACUGGUCAUCUGCACAUAGUGUGUAGGUGGUUGUGCCACACCAGUCGUCUGUCUUCACACUGGCAGGAGCCUUUUCUAUGGGGCCUUCACAGGGGCCUGGGCACCUUUGCGAACCUGAGCUAGAGCUGAAGCCUGGGCCUAAGCUGGAGCUUUGGCCACUGCCUUGGUUUGAGCCUUGGGCUUUGGUUGGCAGAUCCUACAACCCUUGGUCAUGUGGCUUUGAAUCUUCUUCCUAAGCUUGAGGUCAGCGAUGAAAGCAAGACGGCUGAGUUUGUGACUGGGGUCCUUUGGCAUCUUGGGCUUGACGGCCUGAGGCUUCACAAGGGCCUUGAUGGCCUCUGCUUGUGCACUCACUGCCUUGGCAUUGCUCACCUGCAUCUUCUUUAGGCUUUUCUUGUUGUGCUUCUUGGCAAAGCAUAUGUUUCUCAGGAACUUGGGGUCAACCCUCUUAAGAGAUUUGUAUCUUUGUGACCGGGGUUUCUUGCUGCCAUUUGUGUGACAUUUGCGGAACUGGUUGUGUGUGGUGUGGUUCUUUGACUUGGCCACGUCUGUGGUAACACACAGCUCCCCAGUUUGUUUUAAAUACACCUUGGAGUGGCUGAAAUAUUUGAAAGUAAGGUCUCAUCCUUUCGCCGCCGGACGCCGCCGAGGUCGCACGCGUGAGGUCUGUCCACCGCAACCGACAUGCGCUACGUUGCCUCUUAUCUGCUGGCCGCCCUCGGGGGCAACUCCAAUCCCAGCGCCAAAGACAUCAAGAAAAUACUAGACAGCGUGGGCAUCGAGGCGGAAGAUGAACGACUCAACAAGGUCAUCAGUGAGCUGAAUGGAAAGAAUAUUGAGGAUGUCAUCGCUCAGGGUGUUGGCAAGCUGGCCAGUGUGCCUGCUGGUGGGGCUGUGGCUGUUUCUGCUGCCCCUGGCUCUGCAGCUCCUGCUGCUGGUUCUGCCCCCGCUGCAGCAGAGGAGAAGAAAGAUGAGAAGAAAGAGGAGUCUGAGGAGUCGGAUGACAACAUGGGAUUUGACCUGUUUAAUUAAGUUCCCCUGCCAAUAAAGCCUUUUUAUGUAAAAAAAAAAAAAAGAAAAGAAAAAGAAAGAAAAGAAA